CUACGGGUGGCCGCUGGGAGGGGAAAGAUGGCGGCUCACUGGAGCAGCGAGAAUGUGGUGGUGGAGUUUCGGGAUUCGCAGGCAACAGCAAUGUCUGUGAACUGCCAGGGGCAACUUGCCGUGCUGUCCAGUCGCCGAUUUCUUUACAUUGUGAAUUUGGACACGCCCACAGAAGGCCACCGCAAAAUCUCCCGACAGAGCAAGUGGGACAUCGGCACGGUGCAGUGGAACCCCCAUGACAGCUACGGUCACUUCUUUGCUGCUUCUAGUAACCAGCGGGUGGAUCUGUACCAGUGGAAGGAUGGGACCGGGGACAUUGCCACAUCCCUGCAGGGGCACACUCGUGUUAUCAGCGACUUGGACUGGUCAGUAUUUGAGCCGGAAGUUCUGGUCACCAGUUCCAUCGAUACUUACAUUUACAUCUGGGACAUCAAGGAUACGAGGAAACCAACAGUGUCCUUGUCUGCAGUGGCUGGAGCCUCCCAAGUGAAGUGGAACAAAAAGAAUGGGAACUGCCUCGCCACAAGUCACGAUGGCGAUGUGAGGAUCUGGGAUCGCAGGAGACCAAGCACUGCUGUAGAGUACAUUGCGGCCCACUUAUAUAAAAUCCAUGGACUGGACUGGCAUCCUGAUAAUGAGCACAUCCUGGCCACCUCCAGCCAAGACAACUCCGUCAAGUUCUGGGAUUGGCGGCAGCCACGGAAAUGUUUCAGCGUCCUGGCCUGUCAAGUGCCUGUGUGGAAGGCUCGCUACACGCCCUUCAGCAAUGGUCUUGUGACAGUUAUGGUCCCCCAGCUGCGGAGAGAGAACAGUCUUCUACUCUGGAACGUCUAUGACCUCCACUCUCCAGUCCACAUCUUUGUGGGGCAUGACGAUGUGGUCCUUGAGUUCCACUGGAGAAAGCAGAAAGAAGGACAGAAAGACUAUCAGCUGGUGACCUGGUCUCGGGACCAGACACUGCGCUUGUGGAGGGUGGAUGCCCAGCUUCAGCGGCUGUGCGCUAAUGAUGAGAUCAUGGAACUAGUGGAUGAGCUGAUGGACGGAAUGUCGUUAAUGCAGGAACAAAAGUCCAUGCAGCCUCAGGAACAGAUCUCUGUCCCCUCAGAAGAAGAAGCUUUUCCCGAAGAUUCGCCGUCUGUGCCAGUAACGGUGGGUGAUAUCGAGCAGUCCAGCCUCCCCCAGACCCUUCAGCAGGAAUUUUCCCUGAUCAAUGUACAUAUCCGCAACGUCAACAUCGAGAUGGAUGCCAUGCAUCGAUCCUGUACUGUCUCCGUUCGCUGCAGCAAUCACCGGGUGCGGAUGAUGGUCAAGUUCCCGGUUCAGUAUCCCAACAAUGCUGCUCCUUCCUUCCAGUUUGUCCCUCCCACCACCAUCACAUCCGCCAUGAAAGUGAAGCUGCUGAAAAUCCUGAAGGAUACAUCUCUGCAGAAGGUUAAACGCAACCAAAGCUGCCUGGAGCCCUGUCUGCGUCAGCUGGUGUCCUGUAUGGAGAGCUUUGUGGACCAGGAAUCCAGUCCUUCGGACAACCCCUUCUCCUUGCAGAACCCCGUCACUCCACCACUGCCAACGUUCGCCCGGGUGACCAACGCCUAUGGUUCCUACCAGGACGCUAACAUCCCGUUUCCUCGAACAUCAGGUGCCCGCUUCUGUGGAGCAGGUUACCUGGUGUACUUCACACGGCCGAUGACUAUGCACAGAACAGUAUCUCCUACAGAGCCCACUCCAAGAUCCCUCUCCGCUCUGUCCGCCUAUCACAGCGGCGUGAUCGCACCGAUGAAAAUCCGCACUGAGGCUCCUGGGAACUUACUGUUGUACGGAGGCAGUCCCACCCGCAGUGAGAAGGAACAAGUGUCCAUCAGUUCAUUUUAUUACAAGGAGAGGACAACCCCGCUGUCUGCACGCCGGCGCUGGUCCAUCCAAGUGAUUAACGACUUCCCGAAAUCUCGUCGGUGGAAAUCUAAGAGAGAGAUCAGUGACUCCAGCUCCCGACCCAUCAAAGCGGCCGGGAAAGUGAUCAUACAAGACAUUUCCUGUCUGCUCACCGUGCACAAAGCUCUGGGAGAAAUGUACAUAUUAAACCGCGGUGACCUCCAGGAGAUGUGUCAGAAGAAUGCAGCUUCAGCUCUCAGUGUUGGGCGCAGAGAUCUGGUGCAGGUCUCCUCUGUGUCUUAUCACACACAUUCUCUUUCUUCUUACAGCCUGGCACAUUACUGCCACUUACACGAUGUUCAGACCUUGGCCAUGCUGUGUAGUAUGUUUGAUGCCCAUCUUCAACCACAAGGCAACGGCGUGUCCUCCUGCCACCCGUUCCCUUCCCGCUCAAGCCACAGCCGAUACCCGAGUUUCACGUCCUCCUGCUCGGGGUCCACCAUGUCCGAUCCAGGUUUUAGUGCCGGGGGCUGGAGCAUUGGCGGCCAAGAUGCUGACCACACUGUGCCAUGGGGUGACGCUUCGCCUGAUGACUAUCGAUACAGCAAUAUCAACCAUGUGGACCCUCGAGAGCGGGAGAAAGAACAGCAUGAUAAGAAUAAAAGGAUUUUGGACCCAGCAAAUGUGCAGCAGUUUGAUGACUUUAAGAAGUGUUACGGAGAGAUCUUGUAUCGCUGGGGACUCCAGGAGAAGAGGGCAGAGGUUCUAAAAUUCGUCUCGUGUCCUCCAGAGCCUCAUCGCGGCAUUGAAUUUGGCGUCUAUUGCAGCCACUGCCGCAGCGAAGUGCGUGGGACGCAGUGCGCCAUCUGCAAGGGAUUCACCUUCCAGUGCGCCAUCUGCCACGUCUCCGUUCGUGGCUCCUCCAACUUCUGCCUAAGCUGCGGUCACGGCGGGCACACAGCGCACAUGUUGGAAUGGUUCAGCACGCAGGAAGUCUGCCCGACCGGCUGCGGUUGCCAUUGUCUGUUGGAGAGCACCUUUUGAUUUGGUUUACGGCGCCGUGCGAGACGAGACUUUCUCUA